AUGCACAUCGAUGUAUUUCAAUCAUCAUCAUCAUCAUCAUCAUCAUCAUCAUCAUUCUUAGAAGAUCUAUUGAAAGAACAAUUUGCACCACUUGAAGAUCAAUUAUCACACAUAUUUCAUCACUAUGCCAUUGAUUUUCAUCCACAAGAACAUUUUAAACGACUACUUCGAAAUGAAUUUCAAGACAUAUUUUCGGCCGAAGUACCAUCUUCAUUAAAACAACGUGCCAUCGAUGAACAACAACUCAUACGAUCGAUACAAUUGCAAUUACAACGGCAACAUCUCAUUCUACGACGUACUGCUGACAAUAUGAACACGUUCUAUCUUGGUGACUAUGACGAUUUUCAACAUCGUUCGAAUGAUUUUGUUGAAAGUUCGGGAUGGUUUGACUUUCUUGGUACAAUCGACAACGAAAUCUAUCCUGAACAACAACAAUAUCUGUUGAAAAGUCUUCUCUCGUCAAUGAAUGUUGAAUUAGAAAAUUUAACAAAAGAUCGUCUAUUAACAUUCGCCGACGAAGAUAAAUUGAAAGUCAAUUUUGAUAGACACUAUCAACUUCCGUAUCUUUACUUUUUACCACGUGUAAACUCACAUGAUAACAAUCUCGAAUCAGUUCAACCGCGCUUUUCCUUAUCAAUGAAUUUUCCAUUGCAACCUAUUGCAAUCUAUCUUGAUCAAAUGCUUCGACCGGCGUUCGAAAAAUGUACUCAAUCAACGACAUGUAUGAACGGUGGUGAAUUUGUUGAACAAUUACAGUCGUAUACACAGCAAGAAUAUGCAUUUACAAAGUGUACUAGUUUUGUUGUGUUCGAAAUUCAUCAUCUAUCGACUCGUGUCUCACAUGCUGAUAUUCUUCAUGCUUUAAAUCACUUCUUAACUUAUCAUUAUUAUCAUCGAGUAGAAAAACAACAACAACCACGAUUGACUACGGUAGCAACGACAAGUAAUUAUCUCAUUAUGCAAUUAACUCAAUUCUAUCUUGAAAAUAAUCUAUUCACGUAUGAAAAUAAACUUUAUCGUUUGACCAAAGGUGUUACGAUGACGUGUAUGUUAGCUCGUCUACUCUUAGAUAUUUAUUUAUUCUACUGGCAAAAACCAAUCUCUAAGCUAGCAUACGAUGGUGAACACUUUUUUCGUCGUUACCGUCAUCAAUUCUUCUUUACUUGGGAUGCGCCGAAAGAUCGCGUACGACAAUUAAUUAUGCAACUCAAUGAACAAUAUCCUGAUAUUCAAUUAACAGUAUCCAUUGGCAAACAUGUGCAAUUUCAUAAUAUUGACAUUGAAAAUAACCAUGGUCAACUUGAGAUACGUGUCUAUCAUCCUCGGACACAACAAUACUUUCUUUUACCUUAUCCUACAAAACAAAAUGAUUCGCCGCGUCUAUUCUAUCGACAAUGGUUUCGUUUUGCACUAAUUCAAGCUGCUCAUUACUGUACUAAUGUUGACGAUUUUCAUCAUGAACGACGUCGUCUCAUCAGUACGUUUCUUGUUAAUGGCUAUUCGCUCGAUUUCGUUGAACGUCAACAACGAAAAUUUUUUCAAAGCUUCAAUUCGAAUACAACGAUAGAUAAUAUUCUCCAAAUUAAUACAUCAACUUAUCGUACUUUCCGAUAUCAACUUCGUACUUGUCUCAACGCAUAUCGACAAAAUUAUGAAAAUGAACAACGAAUCGUUCAACAACAACAACAACUCAUUCAUUGUUACUAUUUAUUUGAUUGGGGUUUACGUUAUCAAUUUAACCGUCGUUUUUGGAAGUUAUGGCUAGAAAUUAUUGAUCCAGAGUUAAAAUCACGAGAGAAAACUCUCAAAAUUAAACUCAACACAAAACAUUGCUAUAGAUCUAAUGAUCUAUUUAAUUUGAAGUAUGAUUGA